AUGGCGCACCCGGCCGCCUUUGACCACUAUCCCGACCCCGUCGAGGGCCCUGCUGCCCAAUAUGACCCGGACGCGGGCAAGAACCCGGUCCUGCGAGGCCUCCCCCUCAUGCUGGCCGGCGAACUCAUCUCGAGGUCCGCCUACCUCCAGCGCUUCUUCUGGGCCAACGCCGGCUUCGGCGCCAUCAAGGACAUGCCCGAGCUCGACGACGUGCCCUAUACCUUCCAUCCCACCGUGACGCCCCUCGGCAAGACGGGCCCCAUGCUGGAGCUCGGGCCGGACCUCGUCAAGGCAAAGUACGCCGACUCCAAGGCCCGCUACUACACCGUCGGCGACUACCACGCCCUGUACCGCUCCGGCAAGACGACGCCCCUGCACGUCGCCGAGGCCCUGCUCGCCAUCACCCGCCCGGGCGCCAGGUACAGCGACGCCUGGGCCGACGGCCACGGCAAGGAGCACCUGGCCAUCGCCGCCGCCCGCGCGUCGACGGAGCGCUACGCCGCCGGCAAACCCCUGGGCAUCUUGGACGGCGUACCGAUCGGCGUCAAGGACGACGUCGACGUCAAGGGCUACAUCAACCACGUUGGCCUCAAGUAUAACUCCUCGAUGCCCUGGUUCCAGGAGCAGGAGGAGUCGGCGUGGCCCGUCAGGAUGCUGCAGGAGGCCGGCGCCGUCGUCAUUGGCAAGCUGCGCAUGCACGAGCUCGGCUCCGACACGAGCGGUUUGAACAUCGCCCAGGGCACGCCGACAAACCACCUCAACAAGGCCUACUACCCCGGCGGCUCCUCGUCGGGCCCGGCAUCGGCUACGUGCGCCGGCCUGGUCCCGCUCUGCGUGGCCACGGACGCGGGCGGCAGCGUGCGCAUCCCCGCCAACUUCAACGGCCUGUACGGGCUCAAGCCGAGCCACCACCGCACCGUCGCCAUGAACAGCACCAUGUGCGUCACCGGCCCGCUCGCCGCAAACGUCGCCGACCUCGUCGUCGCCUACCGCGUCAUGUCGCAGCCGGACCCGGACUGCGCCACCCAGGGCCGCUUCGCCCUGUCGGUGCCGCCGCAGCCGUCGGCCAAGCGCCUCAUGGGCGUCUUCCGCGACUGGUGGAAGCUCGCCGACAAGCCCGUCGUCGAGGCCUGCGACCGCGCCCUCGACUGGUUCGCCCGCCAGCGCGGCUACCACGUCGUCGACGUCUCCAUCCCCCACCUCGCCGAGGCCCAGCUCGCCCACGGCUGCAUCUGCAUCACCGAAAUGGCCGAGUCGGCCCGCCGCCGCACCCCGGACCCGGCCGACUGGCUGACGCUGUGCGGCCCGGCCAACAAGAUCCUGCUCUCCGUCGGUCGCCAGACGCCCGCCGUCGACUACCUCAAGCUCAACUCGCUGCGCACCCUGCUGAUGCGCCACCUGGCCUUUCUCUUCCAAAAGCACCCGGGCCUGCUCAUCAUGACGCCCACCACGCCCCUCGUCGGCUGGCCGCGCGUCGCCGGCGACGACGCCUACGGGCUCAGCGACGGCAACCUGACCUUUCGCAACAUGAUGUACAUUUUCCUCGCCAACAUGACGGGCACCCCGUCGCUGUCCGCCCCCGUCGCCUACGUCGACCCGGCCCAGGGCGACGGCAAGCUGCCCGUCAGCCUGCUGGCCACGGCCGAGUGGGGGAGCGAGGAGCAGCUGCUGAGCUGGGCCGCCGAGGCCGAGGAGUAUCUGCACACCGUGUAUCCCAACGGCCGCCGGAGGCCGGAUUCGUGGGUCGAUGUCAUGGAGCUGUCGAGGGAGAGCAAGAUGGCGUAA